CUGUCAGGUCAAAGGCCAUUUGACUUGCCUCUCUCCGGCUGUUUAAGUUUCUGUUUGAAGCAUGGCUUUUCACUCGAGAUCUUUUGAAUAAUACCCUAGGAGUUCCAGCAGAUUGAUGCUGUGGAUUAUUGAGCUCAUAGACAUUGAAUUUUUUAAAUGAAUCUUGAAGUUGAAGAAAAAUCAGCAAAUCUUUGGAAUGCAUCUGCAAUCACUGAUGUCACUAAGGCAAGUGCAACAUUGUUAUGGCUUUGCAUCUGCCAUAUCUGUAAAGGAAUCAGAGUGGAAAUAAAUCUGUGGAACAGCAAAUAAACAACGAUUUGAGGCAAAUGUUUUGUUUCUCCUGAAGUGGAAUAAACCAGUAGCAGUAUUUCUGCACUUCAAGUCCUGCAAUCAUUAACUAUUGAUGCAUUCCAGAGGGUUUUAUCAGGACUACUGUACAGUACGAUCUCUUCUGGACCUCACAGGAAAAACUACAUGAAUGGAUAAGGAUGUGCAUUGUAUAACCAGAGGAUUGUAUAACCAGAAAUUUUUGAACAAUUUCUAAUGGUCUGAGAGACACCUUGAAAGAGAAGUAGUGUAGUAAAACAUUUUCUUGCUUACAGUAUUUGCUGCACAAAUGUUGUAGAACUGUUUGUCGAGAUGCAUGGAAAUAAUGUUUGUAUUUAAGAACCAAUUACAUUUUUUUAAUCAGAUUGUUGUUAAUUGUUGGACACUCCAUUAUGGUUAAUGGGACUACUGAGACGAACAGUUCUGGUCAUGGACUGAGUGAUGCUGAGCGAGUGUUGGUACCCAUAUUUGACAGCUUCAUCCUGGUAACCGGGGUGGUGGGACACAUCCUGGUUCUUAUUGUCAUCUGUCGUACGAUGUGGCGAGGACAUGGACAGCCCAGUGGAGGAAGGACAGGAGGACUCCAACAAACAAAUGCAAAUGGAACAGAUGUUCUUCUUCUGUCAUUAAGUGUGGCAGAUCUUCUCCUCCUUUCCUGUCUUCCAUACCACACAGUCGCCAUUGCAACCCGUCACUGGCCGUUUGGAAGCUUCAUGUGCAAGUCUGUGAGUUUCUUGAGUGCGAUGUGUACAGCGGCGAGUGCCUUCACGCUUGCCACUUUGGCUUUUGCGCGGUACAUCAUUGUGGUCCAUCAGUCAAAAGCAUAUCAAUGGCGUAGACAGGGGCGUUUAAAAAUAGUUGCAGGUGUUCUGUGGAUACCAGCGGUCGUCUUGGCAUCGCCUCAGUUUGCUUGGAGGACGCUGGACAACCAUAAAGCCCUUGAGAACCUGGCAUGUUUCAAUUUCCUGUCUGACAAAGGCCAAUUGGCAUACGGAGUCUGCCACUUCCUACUCGCUUUUGCAUUUCCCCUUGGGAUCAUUGUAGUAGCCUAUGUCAAGAUAUACCAUUUCCUCAAAACAACUAGACAGGGCCGCACAACUCAGACUGACCAUUUGGAGCACUACCAUGUGCAUGUGACCAAGACAUCUGCUUUGUUAGUGCUGGCUUUUGCAUUGUGUUGGCUGCCAUCCUAUGGCUUAAUGUUUGCCCAAAUAGCUGAGGGUGACAAAGCGGCUGGUCCUUUACCUCACUUUGGACCUUUUGCUACCUUUGCUCGGAUAAUGGCAACCUCUUCUACAGUGGCCAACCCCAUUCUCUACGUUUUUAUGUCAGAGAAAUUCAGGAAGGAACUAAUGGACCUGGGUCGAAGAGUCUGUAGAAAAAGACCCUCCUAAAGUCAUACAGUUAAUAGUUGUUA